AUGCUCGAUACUCGACUCAUUGUGGUGCUAGCAGCAUUCAAGCUGGCUCCUAUCUUCACCCUUGCACAACCUUCCGACCAGGCUCCCGUCACUGCAUUCUCUGACAACCCUGCAUCCGCUCUCUCGGCAGCAUCAGACUCUUCACAACCCGUAGUCAUGCCGUCACCCGCACCCUUGUCCCCUUCUUUCUGGGACAACUUGGCCAGACACUGGAUACAGGCCGACAGCACAAAGCAGACCUUGAUGGCCGUCCUCCUCAUCAUUCAGAUCGUCGUCCUCUUCUCCUUCAUCAAGCGCUCAUUCGACAAGAUGUUCGGCCGGCGCGCAGAAUAUCGCAACCAGCGAACAAAGCGUUUCGCCCGCAGAGCCGCUGCCGCCGCUGCCGGUGGUUCCUCCAAAAUCGGCAUUCCUCUCAGCCAUCACCGUCCGCUUUAUCGUCCAGAUUCCAAACCACAGCUGCCACCCAGGCCAUCUCAGGAUCAUCCUCUCAUGCGCUCGCCGUCAACCUCGACUUUCUCGCAGGCAGCGUUUCAGACGACUCCCACUGGCGACAUUGUCCUGCCCUCAUGGACCCAAGCUGGCCCUACACCCCUCAGAGUCAUUGUCGAGGAGCCAGAGGACGACUCCCGCAGCAAUUCUCCCAUCUCCUCACGCCCGCAUUCGCCUGCCAUCUACCGUGAUUCGCAGCGCUCGCCCGUCUAUCAGGACAUCUCACAGCAGUCUUGGUCCAUGCGCUCCGCCUCACCCAGAGACAGCGCCUCGCUCAGGCUCAGGGAACGCAACGAUUCUCCCAUGCUUCCCUUCGCCAUCGACCGCUCUUCCACACCCGACACGCGUCUUGAAGACGUCAAGCGACCCUUCAGCCGAGCCGUCUUCAGCGACGAUCUCUCGGGCCAGUCUCCUUUCCAGUCCUACUACACGGAUCCUCUCUCGGAACAUUCGUCUCUCUCCGCCUAA